AUGGAUCCAUUAAUUCAAGAAUAUGAAUUUAAUGAUGUUAACAAUACAAACAAUAACUUGGGACCCAUUUUUCCUACUAUCGACGAAUAUGCUGACAUAUUUCAUAUGAACAUCACAAGAGCAAACUGUGUUCAUGAGAUGUUUAAAUAUUAUAAAGAUGAAAGUAUAGUUGAAAAGAAUUUGUCAGUAAUAUUUGAAGGUGAAAUGGGAAUAGAUGGUGGAGGUUUAACCAAAGAACUAUUUAAUUUAUUUUUUAAGAAAAUAGAAAACCUUUAUUUUCAUGGUGAAGAUUGUUUAGUGCCGUUUUUAUCCCUAAAUAGAGUUAGAAAAGAUAAAUCAAACUUUACACUUAUAGGUAGAAUUUUGGAGCACAUGUUGCUAUUAACUGGAAGUAUUCCUUCCAAGUUGUCUAAAAUAAUGCUUUUGUUGAUUGCAGAUCCUCUCAAGGAAAUUGAUAAAAAUAUACUUGUUGAAGAGUUUUACAAUUUCUUAAACCCGUGUGAAAGGUUAAUUUUAAAAAAAGCUAUGAGUAAUUUUAAUUCUUUAAACAACAAAGAAAAGGAAAUAUUGACAAAUACUUUUAAUUCAUUUCAGUUUUAUGAACUGCCAUCCUGUGAUGAAAUUUUUGAGCAAGUGGCCUCUAUUGCAUCGAAUACUCUUGUACAAACGCCAAAACAAUUUAUAGAUACACUGAGACUUGGAAUUAAUGUUGAAAAAUACAGUUCAUUUUGGAAUAAAUGCGAUUUUGGAACCUUACUCGAUUUCCAAAAACCCACUCCUAAUAAGGUAGCUAAUUGUUUAAAAGCGGCAGGUGACUUUUUGACCAAUGAAGAGUCUAAAAUUUUACAUUUCUUAGAAAUGUACGUAAGAUGUUUGCAUGAUGAAAAAAUUGGGCAGUUUGUUUUUGUAGUAACUGGUUCAUAUCAAAUGCCAGAUUCCAUUUUGAUUGAGUUCAGCACUUUGGUAGGUUUAGCACAACGUCCUACAUUUAGUACAUGUACAAACACUAUACAUGUACCAAUGACUUACUCCAGUUAUCAACAGUUAAAGCAAGAUUUUAUUUUGUGUUUAUCGUCUGACGAAGCAUACAUUUACAAUAAUUCUUAA